AUGAGUGCAAUUCUAUCUGCAGACGAUCUGAACGACUUCAUUUCCCCCGGAGUUGCGUGUAUCAAGCCUGUGGAAACUCUCCCUGCGAAAGAUCCCUCGAAAACAGACAAUCCCUAUGAGGUGACCACAGAAGACAAAGUGCAACCAGAAAAUCUUCCACCGGCUCAAAUCUCGCUAACUGACUGCCUCGCAUGCUCUGGAUGUGUCACUUCGGCCGAGGCCGUGCUCAUCUCGUUGCAAUCGCAUGCAGAAGUCCUCAAUACUUUGGACGCGCAUCCCGAGUUGCCACUGAACCGUGAAGAUGGGACAAUUACACAGGAGCUGGGCACGGCGAGUGACGAAGGCCGAGUGUUCGUCGCAAGUGUCAGCCCUCAAGUGAGGGCAAGUCUAGCAGCAACCUAUGGGAUCACGGAGAAGGAAGCAACAUACAUGAUCCACCAGUUUCUCAGCGGUCCUCACGGUUUAAGGGCUGGAGGCAAGAAUGGCAGCGGCUUCACAUGGGUAGCUGACACCAAUGUCCUUCGUGAGGCUGUGUUGGUUCUUACAGCGGACGAAGUUGGCGAGACAUUGACGACCAGUCCAGAUUCUCCUAGUACUAACGGCGCAACCAAUACUCUCCCCAAGCGACCGAUCCUCUCGUCCGCAUGCCCGGGUUGGAUAUGCUAUGCUGAGAAGACACAUCCAUUUGUUCUGCCACAUCUGUCCCGCCUCAAGUCACCGCAAGCCCUGGCUGGCACGUUCUUCAAGACUGUCCUCAGCAAAUCACUUGGGAUACCGGCCUCUCGCAUUUGGCAUUUGGCCGUCAUGCCUUGCUUCGACAAAAAGCUUGAAGCCAGUCGCGAGGAGCUCACUGAUGCUUCAUGGCUGUCUGCGAAGGACGAAGACCAUACAGCCGUCCGUGACGUUGAUUGCGUGAUCACUACGCGCGAAAUGCUUAGUCUGGCUUCUUCCAGAGGCAUUUCCCUUCCUAACCUACCGUUGAAAUCACUUCCUCAGUCUUAUAUCCCGCCAUUUCCCGAUAUGACUCUAAACGACUUUCUAUUUUCGAAGUCUUCCCCGGGACAAUCAGCUGCCGCAGGUACAUCCGGAGGCUACCUUCACCACGUGCUUCAGACUUUCCAAGCGCGUAAUCCAGGCAGUGAGAUCGUGACUCAGCGUGGAAGAAAUGCGGAUGUGGUCGAGUACACGCUCAUGUCGUCUGAGCACACGCCUAUUCUGAAAGCCGCUCGCUAUUACGGUUUCCGCAAUAUUCAGAAUCUCGUCCGCAAGCUGAAACCAGCACGGGCUUCUCGACUUCCAGGCGGUAAUCGACGACUGCCAGUCGGACGGGGCGCCGCGUCCGGUAGCUCUGGCACAGACUACGCUUAUGUAGAAGUCAUGGCAUGCCCUGGAGGCUGUACUAAUGGAGGAGGCCAGAUACGCAUUGAAGAUGCUCGCGAAGCCAGCUCGAGCGUGCAGUCCUCAACGUCGGCUGAAGUGCCCGACUCAUCGUCGAAGCCGACACCACAUGAGCAACGCGCUUGGCUUGCCCGUGUAGACGAGGCAUAUUAUUCUGCGGAGUCGGACACCGAGUCAGAAGCCGGAAGCCAGUCGCAGCCGCUAUCUAUUCUUGACAAAGAAGACAAAAUUCACAAUGCCAUGCGUUAUUGGUCUGACUCCAUGGGCAUCCCGCUCUCGAAGCUUGCCUAUACCACAUAUCGCGAGGUUGAGAGUGAUGUCGGCAAAUCCCAGCCUGCUGCGACCGAUACAACUCGCGUUGCUGAGCUUGCUGGGAAGAUUGGUGGCGGUUGGUAG